AUCUUCGAAAAGCUGUGCUUAUACUCUCCAUCGAUUGAUACGCUACGCAUACGGGAUUAUCUUUGUCUUCUACUAAUUUUUCGAUAAACAAAAAAGAACGAUUUUUUUACCAUCCGUGUAACCUUUUACAUGCUCAAUAUAUUCUCUGAGAGUCUGUCUGGGAAUCCAUUUUUUUUUUACAGCGGCCGACACUGACAAAGCGAGUGUACCAAAUCUGAGAAUAUAAUGAAUAAAAGAAUCAGUUUGUGGGUUAGAGAGAGAAAAUGGGGUGAGAGGGACGAUACGCUGAUGGGGGUUUAGUGUUCACAGCUGCUGAUUUCAACCCACAUUGCAAGUUCUCAUUUUUGUUAUGAUUUCUGAUCGGAAACUUAUCACUAGAGUCUAUUUAUUUGACAUAGAUGUCAAGGCUAUUGAAGUGAGGAGCUGAAAUUCUGCAAAAAGUUGAAGUGUGGUACCUCUGAGCAAUUGCAAGGAGGAGGAAGAAAUCUGAGAAGGCUUCUUUUCCAACAUAUAUCUGGGUGGUGAAUUCCUAUAAGUUUUUGCUCUGGCCUGGAUCCACAACUUGGGAUUUUAAUACCGGUGUAAGGACCAGGAUUUUGAAAAAUCCAAACCAAGCUCUCUUGCUGGAGUUAUGGCUACUUCGUUACAUUCCGAGUCGAGGCGUUUGUAUUCUUGGUGGUGGGAUAGCCACAUUAGCCCAAAGAAUUCAAAAUGGCUUCAGGAUAAUCUUAAUGAUAUGGAUAGCAAAGUCAAAGCAAUGAUCAAGCUCAUUGAGGAAGAUGCAGAUUCUUUCGCUAGGAGAGCAGAAAUGUACUACAAGAAACGUCCAGAGCUUAUGAAAUUGGUUGAGGAGUUUUAUAGAGCUUAUCGUGCACUAGCAGAGAGGUACGAUCAUGCAACUGUGGAGCUCCGCCAGGCUCAUCGUACCAUGGCUCAAGCAUUUCCGGACCAAGUACCAUAUGUUCUAGCUGAUGAAUCACCCUCAGGUUCUUCGAAUCCUGAAGCUGAGCCUCAGACACCAGCAGUUCUACAUGGACCACAUCCCAUUGGUGUAUUGCUUGACAAAGAGGAUUUUCAUAAAGAUGCCUUGGAAGAUUCAGACUCUGAUGUACUCAAAAGGGGUUUAAAACAGCUUAAUGAGAUGUUUGGGUCCGGAGUGACACCACAAAAUUCAAAAAUUGCAGAAGGAAGGACGAAAAGAGGGUUGAAGGUACAUGAAGCAAUAGACAGUGGACAAAGUUUGCAAGACAACGCCUCCGACUUAUCAAUUGAGAAAUGGUUUCCGAACAUCCAGGAUUUCUCUGAGACUGAUUGGGCAGUUAAAGCUGAGAAUGAAGUUCAAACCAUAAAGAAAGCUCUAGCAGAGGUUCAUGCUGAAAAGGAAGCUGUCAUUUUCCACUAUCAGCAGACUUUGAAGAAGUUAUCGGGCCUUGAGAGGGAACUUAAUCAUGCACAAAAUGAUGCUGGAGGACUUGAUGAACGAGCAAACAGAGCUGAAAUUGAAAUUAAAAUACUGAAGGAAGCACUUUCUAAACUAGAAGUAGAGAGGGAUGCUGCUUUCCUUCAGUACAAUCAAUCUUUAGAAAAAAUAUCGAGUCUAGAGACUAUGAUAUCUGCGGUCCAAGAGAGUACAAAAGGACUUAAUGAGCGAGCUAUGAAGGCAGAAGUAGAAGCUGAAACUCUUAAGCAAGAACUUUCUAGAUUGGAGGCUGAGAAGGAAACUGAUUUUCUCAAGUAUGAGCAAUGUCUUGAGAUGGUGUCUCUUUUGCAGAUCAGAAUCUCACUUGCUGAGGAAAAUGCUGGAAUGCUGAAUGAGCAAACUGAAAGGGCAGAAACCGAGAGUAAGGUACUGAAGCAGGCCCUUUCCGAACUGAAUAAAGAAAAAGAAGCCGCAGCUCUUCGAUAUGAGCAGUGCUUAGAGAAAAUAAGUAAGAUGGAGACUGAAAUUUCUCAUGCGCAAGAGGAUGCCAGACGAAUGAACAAUGAAAUUCUAAUGGGAGCUGCAAAACUAAAAGAUGUGGAAGAGCACUGUGCUGUCUUGGAUAGAUCAAAGCAAUCUCUUCAGGAAGAGGCAGAGAACUUGGCUCAAAAAAUAGCAAUGAAGGAUCAAGAAUGUCUUAAGAAGCAAAAUGAAAUGGAGAAGCUUCAGAUUUCACUGCAAAAUGAGCACUCGCGUUUUCAAGAAGUUGAAGCCACACUCCAAACUUUACAGAAGUUGCAUUCUCAAUCUCAAGAAGAGCAGAAAGCUCUGACAUCAGAGCUUCAAAAUAAGUUGCAAAUGUUGAAAGAUUUGGAGACGUGCAACCAUGAUCUGCAAGAAGACUUACAGCGCAUCAAGGAAGAAAACCAGAGCCUGAAUGAAUUGAAGAGUUCUUCCUCGUAUUCAAUAAUGAAUAUGCAAAGUGAAAUUUCUAGCUGGAAGGAGAUAAAAGAGAAACUGGAAGAGGAGGUUGCACUACAAGUGGAGCAAAGUAAUGCCCUUCAACAAGAGAUUUACCAUGUAAAGGAGGAACUUGGUAUCUUGAACCUAAGGUACCAGUCUCUAAUGCAACAAGUGCAAGCAGUGGGGUUGAGUCCUGAAUGCCUCGGGUCAUCUGUGAAAAACUUGCAAAAGGAGAACUCAGAGCUUAGAGAAGCAUGCAGAAAGGACAGUGAUGAGAAGCAAGCUCUAUAUGACAAGGUGAGCGACAGGGACAUAAUCUUAGAGAAGAACACUAUUCUGAAGUGCUCAGUGUCGGAAUUGAAUGCCAUGUUGGAAGGAUCAAGGGAAAAGGUCAGGGAAUUGCAAGAAUCCUGCCAGUUUCUCCAGGGAGAAAAAUAUAGUCUUGUAGCUGAGAAAGUCAUCAUACUCGGUCAGUUACAGAUUAUGGCUAAGAAUAUGCAGAAAAUCUUUGAGAAAAAUGCCUCGCUGGAGAGCUCCCUAUCUGCGGCCAAUGCCCAGCUUGAUAAUUUGAGGGUAAAGUCAAAAGGCUUGGAGGACUUCUGCCAGUUACUCCAAAAUGAGAAAUCCAAUCUUCUUCAAGAAAGAGGCUCACUGGUUACACAGCUGGAAAAUGUUGAAAAGAGAUUGGGAAACCUGGAAAAGAGGUUUGCUAAACUAGAAGAUAAAUAUGUUGAUAUGGAAAAGGAGAAAGUAUCCACCCUUUCCCAAGUGGAGCAACUACAGGCUUCCUUUAGUGUGGAGCAAAACCAGCGUGCAUGCUAUAUGCAGUCAAGUGAGUCCCGUUUCGCAUAUCUGGAAAAUCAUGUCCAUCUGUUGCAAGAAGAAAGAAAGUCAAGGAAGGAAUACUUUGAAGAAGAACUGGAGAAAGCAGUGAAUGCUCAGGUUGAAAUUUUCAUCUUGCAGAAAUUCAUUGAACAUUUGGAAGGAAAGAACUUCUCUCUAUUGAUUGAAUGUCAGAAACAUAUUGAGGCAUCCAAAUUAUCAAAUAAAUUGAUAUCAGAGCUAGAGAGCGAAAAUCUUGAACAGCAGGUGGAAUUAGAAUUCUUGUCAGAUGAAAUUGAAAAGCUAAGAAUGGCCAUCCAUCAGGUGUUCAGGGCUCUCCAAUAUGAUGUAGUUCAUGAACAGGAAGAUAAGAUUGAACUUGAGCAAAUCUCCCUCCCUCAUUUUUUGAAUAGUAUUGAGGGCCUGAAAUAUUCGCUAUUGAGCUAUGACGACGAGAAGCAGCAGCUGCUGGUUGAGAAUUCAUUGCUCUUAGCUAUCCUGGGAGAAUUGAAAUUGGAGAGUGUUGAACUUCAGUCAGAGAAGAAAAAUCUUGAAGGGGAGUUUGAGUUCAUCACAGAGCAGCAUGGGUCGCUCCAAAAAGAUAAACAUGAGCUUCUGGAGAUCAACAGGAAGUUAAGACUGAAAGUGAGCAAGGGUGAAGAAAAGGAGGAAGAAUCAAAGGCCAAAUUAGAAAUUAUAAAAGCAGAAAAUCAACAUCUGAAUGAAACAGUUGAGAAGUUGCACAAGGAGCUGCAUAAUGUCACAGAUUUAAGUGAUCAACUGAACCAUCAAAUUUUAGUGAGCGAGGAUUUCUUGAAAGAGAAGGCAGUAGAACUUAUGGAAGCAGAAAAGAGUCUCAAGUCCACAGUGAACAUGAAUACAGAAUUGUGCGGAACUGUUUAUGAACUGAAGAGUGAGUAUGAAGAAUCAAAACUAAUCAAUCAGAUUAUGGAGAAGAAGCUCCUUGAACUGUCCAAGGAUAGUGCCCAUCAGAAAAAUGAAAUUGAUCACCUUCGUGCAUUUAAUGAAAAUAUGGAAUAUGAAGUGGGGGCAUUACAUUUGGAAAUUAAUGAACAUAGAACUAGAGAACAGCACUUGAGUUCAGAGCUACAAGAGAGACGCAAUGAGUUUGAGCUUUGGGAGGCUGAAGCUGCAUCAUUUUAUUUUGAUCUUCAAGCCUCCUCAAUUCAUGAAGUUCUGCUUGAAGAUAAGGUUCAUGAGCUUACGGGAGUUUGUGAAAGCCUUCAAAAUGAGAGCACCACAAAAAGUGUCGAGGUAGAUGAAAUGAAAGAAAGAGUUGAGAUCUUAGAAAAUGAAGUUGGAGGACUGAAGGCCGAGUUGUCUGCUUAUGUUCCUGUCAUAGCUUCUUUGAGAGAUAAUAUAGCAUCUCUAGAGCACAAUGCCCUUCUUCGCAGAAAGCUUUGUGCAGCAGAAAAUCAAGAGCAAAUGGGUGCAGAACUGGCAGAUAAUGAAAUAAGCUGUCAAGAACUCGAAGAGGGUCAUGAUGCUGUGGUAGCUGGUGGAAUUUCAGAUUUGUUGAAGAUUCAAGCUACAAUUAAAGCAGUUGAGAAGGCAAUGAUAGAAGAGAUGGACACGCUUGCAAUGCAGGAAUGCAUCGAGACAAACAAGAAGCUGGAAAGUACCAUGCAAAAGGCAGAAUCUGGUAACCCUUCACAUCAAGAAAACAACAUUCACUUGGAAGACAGGGGAUAUGGAAAUGAGCUCCAGGAAGUUAUUCAGUUACCGAAGACAAAAUCUGAAAUUUCUGAGGUCAAAAAUGGGAUUCUGAUGAAAGAUAUCCUUCUUGAUCAAGUAUCAGAUAGUUCAUUGUAUGGAACAAGUGACAGAGAAACUGGUGCGGGCAAUGAUCAGAUGCUUGAUCAAUGGGAAUCUGUUGAGCGCCAUACUUUUGAUGCAACAGCGAAUGACCUUAAAAAGCAGCGACAGCGGGGCAAACCACCGACAGUGACCAAUAAAUCCCAUCGAUAUAAAGAUGUAAUGCAAAGGAAUGUGCAUCGUUCAACAGAAUUACAGGUUGAGAAGGAGCUAGGUGUUGACAAACAAGAGUUUCACACACAAAACAGGGAGCCAAAUGAAGAAGGGAAGAAGGGAAAGAUCCUGGAGAGACUUGCUUCCGACACUCACAAAUUAGCGAGUCUUCGAAUAACUGUGCAAGAUCUGAAGAAGAAAAUGGAGAUGAAGAAGAGUAGCAAAAAGGCUGGCAGCCCCGAAUAUGAAAGAGUAAGUAGACAGUUGCAAGCAGUAGAAGAGGCUAUCCUGCAGCUAUUAACUACGAACAAUCAAUUGAAGAAGGAUGCUGAAGAAAGUUCUACGUCCCCUGAUAACUGCACUUCAGCUGGCUUAGAUGAAGGUGGCAAUGUUCUUGAAACCACAGUGACAGAAGAAGCUCAGAGAGGAUCUGAAAAGUUACGAAGGUUACAGUUUGAGGUGCAGAGCAUCCAGGAUGUUUUGCUUAAACUGGAUGAAAGAUUUUUAGAGAGUGGAACUGGUGUGCUACUGAAAGACUUAAUUUAUACCAGUAAGAGCGGGCGAGGAAAGAAGACCAAGAAGAAGAAGACUUGUUUCUGUGGGUGCGCUAGACCUUCAACCGGCGACUGAAGUAAACCGUUAACAGAUUAGCUUACUUUUCAACCAGCGUCGGACUGAAGUAACCCGAUUACUGGAUUAGCUGACUUUUAACUUGCUACAGCUUUGUUCCUUUCAAGCAGUAUAAUAUCAGUUGUCAAAAGUUUGGCUUAGAACUAUAUAAGUAGGCAUGAUCUUGCCACAAUAAGCUGUUUGCUUCAGCUUGCCUGAAUCGCCUAAUGUCACCUGUACCAUGUUAUGUAUUAAAUCUUGUUCAAGUUUGUUCUGAAAGUUGAGACAUUCGAUACCCAAACAACAAAAGCUGGAGGUCUAAAAUGAACAAAGCUGCUGCUACGACCGGAGACCCCUUCUCAACUGCCUGUAAAUGAUGGGCAAUAAAGACAUGCUGCAUACUGUCAUUUCGUGUCUAGUUUAUCUCCCAGGAAGCAUUAAAAACUCAAGAUUGAAUGCAAGAUCAAGACGUACCACACCACGAACAAAUAUUCAAGAUAACAAAGAGGUUCCCUAAUUAAACAUAAUGUAAACAAGUUCCCGAUAUCAAAUAUCACAAUUAUAAAUCUCAGCUAAACAAUGUGCUUUGUCGAGCAAAAACAU